UGUCUGAAAUCCACACUGAUACUUAGAACAGCUCAUAGACCAAACCAGUGGCUCCCCUCAAUGGCCAAAGAUCUCUUUACAGCUUGGAAAAAUUCAACCGAAAAUUUUCCUCUGACAGCAUCCCUGUGUGAGGCGCUGGUGAGAUCGCACAGGCCGUGUAGGGCUCUGCAGACGUGGAGACUCGUUUCAGACAGCGCCGGCGGUGUGUUAGCCGGCGGCGGGCCAGAGGAAAGUGAUUUCUCGUGAGCGCGUUGCCCUCACGUGCUCCAGGACAAGGAGAAGAACGGGGUGGGCCGGGGGAUGACAGUCGUCAGUGUGUGUUAAGCACCACAGCUUAUUUUAGUCAUUAUGCUGAAAGCAUUGAUUUAGCCCUUAAAUAGGCUGAGAACAUCCUGAGGUCCAUGAAAAUUUCAACAGUUUUGAUCCUGACUCUCACAUAUUUAAAAAAUAGUUGCUCUGUUAGGCCUUUGUUGGGCGUGCCUCAAACAGGUGGCUGAAUUCACCUCCUGGGUUUGUAGAUUGUGUUUGGUGCCCAUGGCGCAUGUUUUCUUCAUUAGAUUUUCCCAGCUUGUUGGUCUGGGUGGUUGAGGCUCCACAGAAGUGUCUGGUGAUCAUAAGGAAAGGGUGCAAAGGUCAGCAGUUUACAUGAGAAAGCAGAGGAAGUGCACGAAGAUCUAGUGAAGUUAUUAGCCUUUCACCAGGACACGAGCACCCGGCUGUUUCCUUGCUCUCUCUGUGUAGAGGAGAGAUCUGAUGUCUGUUGUAUGUCACAAAGGGCAAGUCUGCACAAAAUCCUAAAGGUGGUCACGGCCCUCCUGCCGGAGGAGGACACCUGUUGUAGUGGGUUUCCUUGCCAGUGUGUGUAAUUAGAUGGGGCUCCUUUGGGCAUUGGUGCAUGAACUUCUUUUUUCUUUUUAAAACAGAAAUCCUUGCAUAAGCGAAACCUUUACAACACAGAUGGAAAUGGAAUUCUAACUGAAACUCUAUGAAGCUUCAGGGAUGCCGUGAACCACGGAGGAGUGCAUAAUUUUCUCAUAUCCGGUGUCCCGACACUGAAAGCCUUGCGUACUGCUUUUGUGAUUUUUUGCUCUGUCUGCAAAGUGCCACCUGUCAGCAAGCCACCUUUUAACUUCCCCUCAUCCCAAGUGAGAAUAUCUAUCUUUGUGGUCGCAGAUUGGAUAAGCUAGUUUUUUUCCUAAUGCACAUUUAACUAAAAUGCGUAAAUUUUAACGAAUGCCCACCUGCCAAUUUGGGAACCACUGAUCUGGCCAAGGUGGCUGCUCGGGUAAUGUGACAUGCUCAUGCAUCACAGGGUGACCUCCUCCUCCUGUGGGUGACUCUUGCGUGAUGCAAAACUCUGAUGGCGUCACCCGUGAUUGAACAUCAUAGUUUGAGUCAGGGUGAGUGUUCAGAGUUUUUGGGGGACAUGUCGCUUUGUUAAAUUCUGCCAGUUGUGGGCGCCAUUGGCUCCAGGGAUGGUGGAGGGGCGGUGGCGCAUAUUUCUGUUUUAUAGGUGUUUCCAGCUAGACAUUGGGAAGAUCAGGGAUCUCGUUCAUACAAAGCGAUUUAGUUGUUCCUAACCUGACUUUAUUAGGUAUGUUUUAGGAGCAAGGCAAGCGAUUCUUGGGCCCACCUGAUCUUGGGAGCUCCAUAGGCAGUCCCAGAUCCAGCUUUCUAAUCAAAAUGAGCCUACCCUCGUAGGAGCGUUUUGUCAAAAUUGAAAUCCUCUCUGGUCCACAAAUCCUAGAGAAGGUUGUGCCCAGUGCUCGAGAGACCAUUCAGCUCACAGGGUUAGGUGACCGCGUCAUUGGGAGGCUGCCCUGUCCAAGCCGUGGUGGGAGCUUGUGGUGGGGGGCGGGGCUCACCUGGGUGCUGUCAGAGGGUUUUAGUGAGUCCCGGAUGUUUUGGAGGAGCAGGGGCAGGGCUGAGCUGCUCUGUGCGCCGCCCAGCUCUGCCUGUUAGGCUGCCUCCCUGUGCUUGUGCUUCUCUGUAGAAUGGAGCUCAUCGUGGGGCCCUGAGGGGCUGGGGAGGGCGGUUAAAUCCCCAAGGGUAGCCGGCACUGCUAGAGGCUCACGAGGGGUGGCUGCCAUUGGGACUUGGCCUGUUCACCCCCACCCUCAGGGCCGUCCUUCCCGAAAGGCCUCCUCGAGGAAGGGCUGGUAACUCCUCCUGACUUGCGUGUCCAGGCAGGAGGUAACUUCCUUUCCAGGGAAGGGUUCUUAGAGAGUUAGCAUCCACCUGGAGAGAGGAGCCUGCAGGAAUGGAUCCCCCUCCCACUUUUUAAGCUCUGAUUUUGUUUCAUAACCAAAAAUAGAAAAAAUAAAAAGCCAACGAGAGGAGUUGGGAAUUCUGUGCAGGGAGGAACUCUGUAAAGUCAAAACUUGCUCAAGAGUGCAGCUGCGGCCUCGGAGCUGGGAGUCCCGUUCAGGAUUCGGUGACUCCCCAAGGCUGGGGCCCACUGCCACCACCAGGCUCCCCCGUGAAGGUGGGGGGAUCACGGUGCCUUUAUGUGUGUGGGGAGGGGCGCGGGCCGCUCCACCUGGAGCUGCCCGCUCCUAGGUGCACCAGGUGACUCAAGUCCAAGGAUUGACCUGCAGGAGGCCCGGUAGGUAGGUGUGUUGAAAGUUGCUGUAAUAAUGUCGAUGUCCCUCGUGAAGAUAACAGGAUGGAGGGUUGGCUUUGCCCAUGCGGCAGUUUAUUAGACGUUUUUGUGUCACGUUGUGGGACAGCUGAGGCUUGUGGAACCACGCUUUUCCUGGCCUCUGUCAGGAACCCCAGGCCGUGUCCAUCUUAACAGGUGGUUGACUUGCUCAAGAAGGACGAAGACAAUGAUUUUCCAUGUUCAGUCGACAAGAAUCUUACUGAGUUUCAAAUUGAGAUGGAUUUUUUAUUUAUUGUAUUUACUGAGAUUGAUUUUUAAAAACAGCAUGUUUUGGGGCGCCUGGGUGGUCAAGUCAGUUGAAUGUCCAACUUCGGCUCAGGUCAUGAUCUCGCAUUUCGUGGGUUCGAGCCCCAUGUCGGGCUCUGCUGACAGCUCGGACCCUGAAGCCUGCUUCGGAUUCUGUGUCUCCCCUUCUCUCUGCCCACCCCCGCCCCCCCAGCUCAUGCUCUGUCUCAAUAAUAAAUAAACGUUAAAAAAUUUUUAAAUACAAAUAGCAUGUUUUUAUAAAUAGAAAAUCUCAUUUUAGCAAAACUACAUUGUAGUCACGAAAAGUUUAAUUGCUCAGUAAAAUAACUGCAAUACAUUUCAAGUGCCUGACUUCGGUCACCAUCCCUUUGUGUCCCUGGAAGGAAUCGUACAGACGUGUCCUGUGGUCAGAGAAGUUAAAAGCUUCAGAUUAAAAUAGGAAAUAUUAUUUCUGAUUUAGUUUUUAAUUAAAAUCCAUUUUCUUGGGGCACCUGGGUGGCUCAGUCGGUUAGGCAUCCGACUUCGGCUCAGGUCAUGAUCUCGCGGUCUGUGAGUUCAAGCCCCACGUCGGGCUCUGUGCUGACUGCUCAGAGCCUGGAGCCUGUUUCAGAUUCUGUGUCUCCCUCUCUCUCUGACCCUCCCCCAUUCAUGCUCUGUCUCUCUCUGUCUCAAAAAUAAAUAAACGUUAAAAAAAAUUUUUUUUUAAAUCCAUUUUCUUAAAAUGGACAGUUGGUUCUUGUUUUUCCUAAAUAAAAGUAAUUUGGUUCUUUGUAGAUAAAUUCAUUUUUUUUAAUGUGUUUCAAGUGUUGGGUUCUAGGAAUGGGUAGAAGUUGAAAUAACUUACUGACGCCUCAUAAACUGAAAUGCAUAGUUCCAAGCAAGACAAGGUUUCAUAAUUGGUCUCCCGACUCUGGUUUCAGAGUCUUGGCUUUUUUCUCCCAUAUAGCUUUGUCUGUUACCUAUAGACGUUCACAUUUGAUAGACGGGAGUUCAGCUGGCCUCGGGGACAGUCAGGGACCCGGGGAGGGGGGUGAUAAGGCUCGCCUGUGUGCUGGGCGUGUAUCGGGGCUCACCAUGUGCCGGCUCAUCUAGGGCCGCAGCAGCCUUUGUGGAAGGACUCCUGGUGUGUUAAGUCACUGCUGGUUUCCAGGGCCAGGAGCUAGGAUUUGAAGCAGGACCCUUGACCUCAGCUCCCCCGUGCUGUGCUUUGAGCAGGCCACGUGCGUGUAGGGCCUGCGCCCAGGGCCAGCCGUGGAGUUCCCAGGGCCCGGUGCAAAAUGCCAUUGUGGGCCCCUUGUUCAAAAAGCAGGAAAAAAGGGCCCUUACAGGUGCUAAGGCCUAAAGCUGCUUUCUUGCACAUUCUCUACCUGUCAUGGUUUUUAAAAUUUGCAAUUUAAUGUUCUAAGUGAAGUUAACAAUGAUUAGCACAAAUCCAUUUUUCUUUAUGUCAUGCAGUGAUGCUUUUAAAUGCAAAAGUAGGAGCAUUUGGCUUGUAUGUGGAAUACCUGACCCUAGUUUGGUUUUUUCACUGCUUCUGCCUGCGUAUUUUGUUACCAGGACAUCGCAAAUGUGCACAGCGCCAGACUUCACUUCUCGCUCACUUCUCGACUGGUGCACAUUCUCUCAACGUUCACCUUCAGUGCAUGGGCAUCAGGAAUGCUGUGUGUGGACUGGAGCCGGUGGACCUCUGCAUUACACGUGUCUCCUCACGUGCUUGCUCCCUUAUCCCAUUACACUUCCAGAACACUAGCACAAAGGUAAGAUGAUAAGGAAUUCCAAGUGCCAGAGCAUGAAACUAGCGUGGGCCCUUCUGAGGGCAGGCCUGUGGGACUGACUGUAAGGCCCAUGAAGCUGGGCCUGCUUCAGAGGGUGUGGUCUGAGGAGUGACGGGUGGAGGUCAAGCCCUGGCCCCAGUGUUCUUUCCUAGAGAUUCUGUCAAAGAGCCAUGUAGUGAGUGUAACCACUACCUGCUAAGGAACCUUCUCUCUGAACUUGAUCAGAACAGUUCACUAGAUGGUGCCUGGGUGGCUCAGUCGUUUAAGCAACCAACUCCUGAUUGAAACUCAGGUCAUGAUCUCGUGGUUGGUGAGUUUGAGCCCCAAGUCGGACUCUGUUGGAACAGAGCCUGCUCGGGAAUCUCUCUCUCAUUCUUUCUCUCUCUCUGCCCCUCCCCUAUUCAUGCUCUCUCUUUCAAAUAUAAAUAAACUGUUUUCUAGAGAAAUGUACACUUAACCCCAAAUGCGAUUGCACUGUCCCCUGAAUCCUCUGUGUGUGUGAAUUCCUGUGUUAAUGAUUUAGUGUAAUAACAGCUAUCACUUAUCUGGUGUUAACCUGGAGUCAGGUACUGCCCUAAAUAAUGGACGCAUUAAAACACUGAAUUCUACAUUGUCCACCCCAUCUUAACAGAUGGGGAAACUGACGUUAAACGAACUGAACUGGUCCAGGUCGCACAAUUCCAAGUAGACCUGGGAUACGGCCCUUGGUCAUGUGGGUCCAGGGUUCAGCCUACUGCUGGCAGAGUCCCUGAACAGGCUCGUUCGAUCCCCCUUGAUCGAGGGAGGCCGGAGGACCCUGGGCCGCAAGCGGUGCUAAUGCGCCGCGCUGGUAUAGGAGGUCAGGGCAACGACCAGCGUCCCCUGCUUUCAUCAGGAGGGAAAAACUGAUCAUCGCAGGAGCCGCCCUCUGUGGAAGGCCAGGUGCUGCUGGUCGCACGGCGGGUACUAUUGAGAAGCUGCUAAGGACCCAGCAUGGUGUGUCACCGGCACUCUCUUUGCCUUGGGGAAACAGGUUCAGAAAUAUGCCCGAGCCGAGCCGCUAACCAGAGAGUGGUCGGGCCAAGGUUCAACACAGCGAGGGGUCUUCCUCAGCAGGUGCUGCGCUCGGGCUGGCGUGGGGGGCGGGGCUCGCAGAGGGUAAGUCCUGGCCCACGGCUGUACCAGCGUGUGUGGUCGGAGGGAGCCCCUCUGCUCAGGGCAAGCCCCCUCCCGCCUCGGUCUGGGUCGCGGGGCCCCAGAGGGGCGACUUGGUGCCCUGGGGUAGCCUGGGGAGCAGGCCGCCGCUCCGGGAGCUAACCUCCACUCCAGUGUGCCAACAGCGAAGUUCUAAAUCAAGUGAACGAAACGUUACAAUGUGUGCUGUCCUCUUAUCUUGACAAAUACAGCCCGCUAAUUACCUGGAGGAGUACACUUGAAUUUAGAGUAAUCUGCUGGGAGGGCUCUCCUGGGUCCGCCCCCGCCCUUCCCGCCUUCAGUUUUCCUCCUCGCCUCGAGGGCCUGGCGCACAGGUGCGGCGCCCCAGCCCGACCGCCCAGGUCUGUGCGCAGGCUCCGGGUCCGCGCGGGGAGGGAGUGCGCAGGCUCCGGCGGCCCCCAUCCCCCUUCCGUGGAGUCUCGGUCCCCGCGCGCCAACUUUCUUGAAGGGCCGGCUCCGGGCACGCCCCACUUCUGGAGGGGAGGGUUCCAGUGCGAGCGCCUCCUGAGAGGUAAGUCCCAGUGCGUCCCCCUCCACGGGUCGGUGCCGGUGCACCUUUCACCCAAGGGGUCGGUGUCGGUGCGCCCCCCUCCCGAGGGGUGGGUGACGGUGGCCCCCUUCCCGAGGGGCUGAGGGGCUCGGGCGCGUCUGCGCAGGGCCCGCGGGCUCCUCGAAGGAAAGCGCGCUGCCGCGCGUGCCUGGAAGCAGAUGCCAGGGUCGGAGCGGGUCGCGGGCCCUGCCCGUCUGGGUCCCUUUCCCCUGCAUGCCGCGGUCGCGGCGUCUCCAGGGGAGCCCCUCUGGCCUUCACCUCCAGGGCGGGUGACUGCGGGCAGUGACGCUAAGCUCUCCAGCCCGCGCGGCCUGGUAGAGGCUCGGAGUGACCUCGGAGGGACCGGGCCGCGAACUGCCACGUCCGGAAAGAAUCACACCAGAACGUCUCAAGCCUCAGUCCCUGCAAGUGCAAAACGGCCCCGGCCGGUGCUUCGACUCUCUGGCCGCUGCCGGAUCCUAGGGGGUUGCGCCAGGUCGGCCCCCCGAGGGGCCUCCACGCCGGCCGGGGAUCUCGGGCGGGCGGAGGCGGCGCAUGUCCACGCGGGAGCGCUGCGCACCGCGUUUCGGAUCGACCCGCGUCGCCUGCAGGGAGGCUGCCGGGCGCCAGGGGGCGCGCGAGGACCGAGGAGCGCUCAGGAUCCGGCCUGCGGAGCCCGGAGCGCGUGCGCUCAGUGCCGACGGCGCACCUGCGGGACGGCGGUCCCAUGCCUCUCUUGCUUCCCGGGAGCGCGCCGCGAGCACCUGCGCGGAGGUCACCCGAGUGACUCACGUCGUCCGGUCCGCGAGUUCCAAGCGUUGGGGCCUCGUCUUCCGACCCGGGGUGUUCACGGUGCCGUCGCCGCGGCCGCCGCCUGCAGCCGGGCCCCGGGAGGCUUCGGGUGCGGGCCGCAGGGGACCCCGCAGGGAUGGCGCGGUGAGCGGUCCUCGCCGAAAGCUGGCGCCUCCGGACCUGGCCGCGGCGGGGGGCGGCCUCCAGCAGACGGCUCCGCGGGGAGGGCCCGGCCCCCGCGCUCCUGCCGCGCGCGCAGAGGUGGCUGCGCAGUGCCGGGGCUCAGUGCCCGGCGGCCUCCGGGCUGUGUGGUCAGCUCCGCGCGUGGGACUUCUUGUUAUUGGGCCACAGUAAACCCUCAGUGCCCCGUUAAAGAGGGGAGACGGUCGGUGGGGGGGGGGGCUGCCAGACAGUGGGAACCACGUGAGUUUAGAUUUUUUUAAUUAGUGUUUAUUUUCUAGACUAGUUUUAGAUUACAGAAACAUUAAGUCCGUGGUCCUGAGGGUGCCCAUAUACCCCCCACCCCGUGUCCCCAAUUAUGAGCAUCUUAUCUUAGUAUGCUUCAUUUCUUAUAAUUAACAAGCCAAUAUGGAUACGCUAUUGUUAGCUAAAGUCCAGACUUUUUCAGAUUCCCUUAGUUUCUACCUGAUGUCUUUUGUUCCUGUCUCAGGAUCGCAGAGAACACUUGGUUGUCAUGUUUUCUUAGGCGCCUGUGUGACGGGUGCCUCAGACUGCCCUUGUUUUUGAUAACCUUGGCCUCGGACGAGUCGUGCUUGGGUACUUUGGAAGAUGUCACUCUUUUGGGAUCUGAAGUUUUUGCCACAAUUAAAUUGGGGCAGUGGGUUUGGGGAGGAGGUCUGCAAAGGUAAAGUAACCUUCUCAUCACACUGUGGUGAGGGGCCAUAUUGUCAACAUGACUUUCCAUUGCUGACCUUCACCUUGAUCUGGCUGAGGUCACGCUUGUCUCCACUGUCCGGAUACUAUUUUUUGCCCCUGUCCAUACCGACUGUCUUUGGAAGGAAGUCACCACACUCAGCCCAUGUGUAAGGGACCUCUUCAGGGGGAAUAUCUAAUACACCACCAGGAAUUCUUUUACAUGGAAGUUUUGGGAGAUUUUUCUCUUCUUUCCAUUUGUUUGUCCAGUCAGUUGUGUCCUAUCAGUAUGGACUCACAAGUAUUUAUUUUAUGCUUAAAAGGUAGGUCAGAGUAGGGCUUUAAGGUUGGGUAAGUCUGGAGGUGUAUACAUAGCUUUUGUUAUAUGGGUCCCUAUUGUUGUCUGUGUUUGGAGUAUUUCAAACGAAGUGAAAAAAAAAAUAGGGUCAGGGCCAUCAUUGAGGGCCUGAACCAAGCAGGUGGACUGUCAGUGUCCCCAUGGCACCCGAUGAUGGGGAGGGCUAAGCCUGGAUGGGUGGCUGCUCUGGCUGUUCUCUGCCCCUUCUCUCUGCCCUAACUCCCUUCUAGGGUCACGUCCAGGGCUCCUGGGGCACAGGCCCAGCUCCCAGUGGCAUCCGAAACCUGCCAUAUUCAGGUCAGGGCUCUUGCUCAGCUGACACAGACUGCGGGCAGGCCUCAGAUGGGCUGGACCAGGGCCCUGUCCUCCCAGAUGGCUUCCCUGGGGCACACGCACACUGCCUUUUACUGGACUGCAGUAUUGUUGCCGUGGAGGAAAAUGUGACUUUGAAAGUGCUGGGCUGGAGGGCAUCUGUGGGCGCCCUGUUUCCCACAGGGAUCUUCAGACAGAGUCACCAUUUGUGCCCUAAAUGGAACUCCUAUCCCUGAUUUUGGGCCACACCCCCAGCCAGAGGGAGGUGUGUCUGUGGGGGCCUGCUUGGACUGCAUCCAGCCUGGGCUGAUGGAUGUGGGCUCAUUAUCUUGUCUGUCUUGGGGGAUGGUAUUAGCUUGGCAGUUAAUAAAGGAUUUUAAUUAAAGAGGGAGGAAUCAUUUUGGCAAAGUAGCUUCAUUCCCAAACUCAGAUGACCUAUCAAAGUUAUAAGUUUGGUUCAUUUCCAUUCGAGGCUCUGCUGUUUAGCAGGGAGUUUGGUGUGGAGCCUGGGGGAGAUGCUGGGCACCCUGGGGUGGGGGGGAGCCUGCUUCCCCCUCUCUUCUCUGCUGUGGAAGCCCGGCAGCCCUCCCGAUCCUUGCGUCUUCAGUCUGUCCCCUCUGGCCACCCCCAGGACCCCCAGCAGGUGUACAUGUGCCCUCUGGCUCUCUCUGUGUCUCUGCCUUGCAGGGUUUGGCUCUUGCAGGGGCUGCCUGGGGUCUGCAGGCCAUUUGGGCUGUUGCAGCCUGUUCUGCGAGUGCUGGCCGGUGGGACCUUGACAAAACUUGAAAUAAUUGUAGGUUCACAUGCAACUGUAAGAAACAACACAGAGAAAUCCCAGUACCGUCACCCGGCUCCCCAUAAGGGGCGUCAUGCAGUGUGCUAACAGCACAUUGGUACCAAUAUGAUGCACCGGCCGUGAUCAGAUUUCACCAGUUCCGUGUUACCUGAUUAUCACAGCAGAUCUCUGGUUUCCAGGGUCAGGUGAUGAUCCAGGGCACUGCCACCCUGUGCAGCCUGGCGAUUUGGUAAGACUCCUUUCUGUGCGUGCUCAGCGUUAAUUGUUUUCAUGUAAAUAGGACGUUUAUUCUCACUCUCUGCACCAACUUUGGCCACAGUAGCAGCACUGUCCCUUCUUCGCCUCUGGUCCUGUCCGGGCCUCCCUGUGUCUGCCACCAUCUGGGGUUUGGGUGGGGGGGGGGGGGUCUCAUACACACGGGAUAUGUGGGCUUGGCUGGGGGCUGGCUGGCCUCUCCACCCAAACACCCCUCCCCCCCCCCCCCCCCGCCCCGCCAGCCUAGGCUUGUUCUCACCAUGUCACAGUGUCCAGGAGAGGGUGUGGGCGUGUGCAGUGCCUCUGGGGCCCAGGCGAGAGCUGGAAGCCUGUCCUUUGCUCUGCGGCUGCAACCAGCCCCAGUUCAGGGCCAGAGAGAGACUCUGCCUCUUCCGGGGGCUGCAGAGGGGCACUGAGAGGGGCCGGGUUGCAGGGAGGGAGAGCUGGGGCUCUCCUGUCCUGGUGCAGCUAAGCUGCGGGGGCAGAGACUGGUGCAGGUGUCCUGGUCAGUCUGGGAAGAGAGGCUGGCAUGUGCUUGUGAGUGAGUGCCUGUGUGCUUGCUUGUAUGUGUGUGCGUGCACACGCACGUGCUCGGGAGGUACAAGCCCGUCUCCAGCGUGUCUUGUUUGUGUUCCUGUCAAAACCCCGGAUGGUUUGUGGAAGGCCAGAGUCUGAGUCCAGAUGGGGGCUAGGGCAGGAGCUCCGGCAGCGUGUGGUCCCAUCUGCUGUCCAGGACGGACCCUGAGAUGCUUGUGUGUGACCUUGCAGAGUGUUGCCAGGAGCACGUGUUAGUUCAGUCCCUGCUUCGGUGAGGCUGUUCUCCAUGACAGGGUCCUGUGAAAGACCCGUGGGCACAGCAGGUCGCAGUGGGGCACCCAGCCUCCCACUCGUCGGAACGGCCACGGUCAGUGACUCACCGGCUGCAGCCACCCCACUGGAGGCUCCAGACUGAGGGAGGCCUGCGGGGCAUAUGGGCCGUGCCCUCCUGACCAGGGUGCCCCUCUCCAGCUGUAGGGGUCCCAUGGGCCCCGGAGAGGAGGGAAGUUCCCCAGCUUCCCACAGUCCCUUUCUGCUCCAAAUCCUCUCUGUCGGCUGGACUCAGAUUCCAUGGACCUUUCUUCUCCAGGUGCGAAGUGGUGUGAACCGAGAGAUAAAAACUGGGGACUGAUUUCUUUUAGUGCUCAAGGCUGAGCCCCUCAGCGCAGAUUAGUCUGUAGGGAGAGGGCGAGCGAUGCCCCCAGGUUCUCCACAAACGCCGAUGACCCACCUAACUGUUGUGUGUUGUUGUGCUGAAUGGACGCCGUGGAGAAGCAGCGUGUGACAAAGGUACCAGCUGCUGGCACAGCCCUCUGGGCCCUGGGGUGGAGGGACAUGCAUGUCUCUCAAGCACCAGAGUCAACAUGGUGACGGAGGCAAGCCGCUCAGUGACAGUUUUUUCAGGGAACAUGUUUGGCUGCCUGUGCAAACACGCGAAUAAUUGAUUUCAAAUACAGAUCAGAGUAGAAAUUGUGAAAAAGACACCAAAGGUUUGGCUAAUAGAAAUUAGUGUUUUCUCAGAGCCCUGGGAUCUAUCUGAGGAACUUGUCCUGUUUUCUCCUCAAGCUGGAGGUGGGGAAGGGGAUCCCACCUGGAGGUUUCACGGCGCAGCAGGCUGCGUUGUAACAACAACCCUCCUCAAUGUUGGUGAGGUGACUUUCCAGCAAAGGUCCUGCGGCUCUCAGUGUGGUCUGCGCUGCAGAACAUCAAGAGAGCACUUUGGGCAUGAUUUUAAAGUACAUUGUGCACGACAGACAUAGACUCAGUCGGGGGACUGAGUGGAGGCACCUGUUCCUGGCAGGGCCACACCCCCUGGCACUCUUCGUAAAUGGAAAUAGAGAAAUCUGGUUGCUCCUAAAAACCGCCUCUAACUUGUACUCGUUAUUUCUGGAAGCCCAGAUGAUGAGGCACCCCUGCCUCAGGACCAGCUUCCAGGCGGGGUCCUGGCUCGUGGUCUGACUGGGUGGCCCUGGCCUCCCCUGCCCAGCUCCGGAGGCUUUGUCCAGAGCAAUGGUGGCUUCAUUCUUGAAGCUUGCUUUAAAAUGCACUGCUUUUUAGUGUAGACUUUGCUUAGAAAUGAGUAUAAAAGUCACAUGCGUGGUCUGGAAGGAUUUACAAGGGGGUGGCUGGAAGGUGGAAAUCAGUGACAGUUUGCUUUAAUCAGAUUUAGUUGCUUUGUGCCUAGAGGGAAGUCAGAUUUCCAAGUACGGCUGGCCUAUCUGAGAUGUUAAUCCUCUGCCCUCCCCUGGCGGCUCCCUCCCCCUGUUCCAGCAGGUGUCUGUGCUCCAGGCCGCCUCCAGGGGAAUCCUGUCUACUUCUGGCUUGGCUCCCUGGGCUCCCCGCCUGCCUGCAGGAGGGUGGAUGGCUGGGGGAAGAAGGAGCAUGGUUUGGGGGACAGGGGGCAGUGGGUGAGGAAGGCAGACAGGGAAAGGGAGAGAUGAUGACUACUCCCCAGGUGGGUCCUGCUUGCGGGGGGUUGUCUCCCCGGGUGAUGGUGGGUCUGCAGGGGGGGACAGCCCUGGGGGAUAGGGGGAUGCCAGAUAGCCGGUGCCGCUGGACCCUGGACAUGAGGCUCCCCUGGGGUAGGAUGGGGAUGCCCUCAGUGGGGCUGCGACCCUGCCCCCCACCAUGCCCCCGUGUUUGGGCGUCAUGCCACAGGGAGGCCCCAGGAGCAACAGAUGAAGCAUGUUCCUGUGAUCCAGAGAAAAGGCAGGAAGUGUUGUUUCUGGAAUGUGUGCUCUGGGAGACUUGUCUGCACCCCACGCCCGUCUGCGAAUGUGGACUUGCACAGGUUCGUCCUUGCCUGUGCCACCCUGGUGGUGGCCUGCCUCAGUUUGCUCAUCUGUAAGUGGGGCUGGCAGGAGGCGUGUGGUGGAGGCCCCACGUCCCAGGGGCCCGGUCUCAGGGUGGCCGUGUGCCAGCAGUGAGUCAGGGGCGCAGAAGGGGAGGUGAGAUCUGGAGGGAAGGAGGUGCCCGGCUGGGAAGGACAAU